AUGAACCCCAUCGCUAGCUCGUCCUCGUUCGGCUUGCCACCGCCAUCGAAUUCGUCGCCGAGUAGCCAUUCUAUUCGAGGAGUCGCGCCGGAGGAGUCAUCCGCAUUGAACGCUCCAGCCCAGUUUGCGCUCGCACAGAUCAAGGGGAGCGUCUGUCUGGUGCAAAUGUCGUCUCUUGCACCAGAGGGCAUGUCAUCCGCGUUGAUGGCGUCGGACGUCAACGUGUUCCGACAUGAAUUCAUCACCCAGUUCCGGUAUUCGCAUAGCACCACGGUGCACCCUGCGGACCUGCACAUUCUCGAGCCCAUAGACGACCGAUGCACGCUGUACGAGGAGGAGAAGGGCACCGUAUUCCUCGCGCGGGACAUCAUGGACCGACUGCAAAAACUGACGCAGGGUUCGCACCGACCAAUGCACGCAACUCACGCAGCCCACUAUCGGCGGAGGAAUUCGCUAUUAGCGCGAAUGCAUUGA